AAAGGCACUCUCUUCAAUAUGAUCUCCCGGUUUCGUGGGACGCCGAUGUCUGAGAAUAUGAUCGGACGUGCCGCUUUUAUGAUUCUACAAGGACUCGAGGCUCUUCACUCAAACGGCUACGUUCACUGCGACCUCAAGCCAGCCAACGUCCUCGUCUUCCCUUCCACCACUGUUGGAGAGCCAUGGGAUCUUAAGCUUGCUGAUUUCGGUUGCUCUAAAGAGCCUUGUACGGAUUCUAGGUCGUUGUUUCAUGGUACGGAGCAGUACAUGCCGCCAGAAUCUCUUGGACCGGACGGAGUGAUGGGAUCGUCGACCGUUGAUAUAUGGUCUCUAGGGUGUAUGAUUAUUGAGAUGUUUGGAGGUUGUCCAUUGAAUAUGGGAGACUGUUACAUGUGGAGGCUUCCAAUACUUGUAUCUCCGGUGGCAGACGACUUCUUGAUGCGGUGCUUGGCUGUGCAGCCGUCACGUAGGGCUACCGCGGCAGAGUUGUUGAGUCAUCCAUUUGUUGCGCAAAAAAAUUGUACUGUUCCAAUAUUGACAGAGAUGCCUCCGUAUCCUUUCUUAAGGCUUCCUCCCUGCAUAAUGGGCAAAGAGAUGGAAGAAUAUGCUAGACUUGGAUUGGUGAUUUGAAGACCUCAAGAUUUGAUUAUAACGGUGGAGAGAUGAGCCCGGAAGAGAAAGGAGAUUCAUCUGACGGCGGCUGUUUGAUAGUUUAGUUAAGAGUUAUAUUUUAGGUUCGGUUGAGUUUGAGCUUUUAACUGGUUGUCCAUGGUGUUACUUAUUCUACUUAUGAUUUAUGAGGUUUGUUGUGUCAAUGUGCUACUCUAAAGUCUUCGUUUGAAUAUA